GACUUUAGAGGCAUAAACAUUGCACAAUUUUUCCAAACGGAUAAAAAUUAAAUUCAAUUUUUAAACAAAGUUACUUGAACCUCAAUUUUGUGCAAAAAAGUUAAUUAUAUGUUUUUGCAUCUCAAUUAUACAAUUUUCAGUACAAAAUAAAUAAUCUAUUUACUUAUUAUUUAUAAAUUAUAAAACAAAUAUAAGAAUUAAAACAAAGUUGACACAGUUUUAACUCAUUGAAAACACAGUUAUAAUAAAUAAAAGAUUGUCAUCAGUUUCCAUUUGAAGAAGAAGUUAAUGCGAUCUAAGCAAUAGCGUCAAACAAAAUGGGCGCCACGAAAGAAGUAAACAAAAAAGUAGAAGAGGAUGAUUAUGAUCCACAUGAACAUAGAGUUGUCAAAAUUCCAACAACAAACACGGAAACCUUUAUUCAUUUUUUGAAAGCAUCAGUCGGCACGGGAGUCCUGGCAAUGCCUAGUGCUUUCAGCAACGCUGGAUAUGUAAAUGGUUUGAUUUUAACAACAGUAAUUGGAUCCAUUGCACUUUACUGUCUGCAUCUUGUGAUAAAUUCCAUGUAUGAAUUAUGCAAACGAAAACGAAUUCCUUAUUUAACAUAUCCUGAAGCCAUGACCGUGGCUUUUGAAGAAGGACCGCCUUGCUUAAGGUUUUUUGCCAAAAUUGCAACACCCUUUGUUGAUGGUUUUCUAGCCUUUUAUCACUUUGGAAUUUGCUGUGUUUAUGUUGUUUUUAUUGCCGAAAGUAUCAAACAAAUUGUAGAUGAGUACUUGAUUGUCCUAGAUAUUCGGAUACACAUGUGUUUUGUUUUAGUACCACUCUUCUUAAUAUUUAGCAUUAGACAGCUUAAGCAUCUCGUGCCGUUUUCAUCGUUUGCUAAUGUCUUAAUGUUUAUUGGUUUUGGUGUUGUGCUUUAUUACAUUUUUUCUAACUUGCCACCAAUUUCGGAACGAGUCGCUUUCGAAGAAAUUUCCAAACUUCCACUAUUCUUCGGAACGGUUCUGUUUUCUCUUGAAGCUGUCGGAGUGGUUAUAGCCAUUGAGCAGAAUAUGAAGACUCCUAAAGCAUACACAGGUAAAUUUGGCAUCAUGAACCGCGGAAUGUUUAUUGUCUUGGCUUUGUAUAUGGGCUUGGGUUUUUUCGGCUAUUGGCAGUAUGGUAAUGAUUCCAAAGGCAGUGUUACAUUGAAUAUACCUCAGGAUGAAAUUCUUGCUCAAGUAGUGAAGAUAUUUUUUGCUGUUACAACGUUAAUUUCAUAUGCGCUGCAAGGAUAUGUAACAGCUGAUAUUAUCUGGAACCAUUAUCUGAUAAAGAAAACAUCCGAAAAGUCUAAUCUAGUACUUUAUGAGUUGCUUGUGAGAGCUUGUAUUGUCAUUCUUACAUUUUUAUGUGCUGUAGCAAUUCCCGAUCUAUCGUUGUUCCUGUCAUUAGUUGGUGCAUUUUGUCUGUCAAUUUUGGGACUGAUUUUUCCAGCAUUAUUGGAACUCUGCUGUAGAUAUUCAACAACUUAUGGAAAAUGGAAAUUUCAUUUGGUUAAAGAUUUACUAAUUGUUUGCUUUGGAAUUAUUGGUGGAAUUAUUGGAACUUAUGUUAGCAUAUCGGAAAUAGUAGAAGCAUAUAAAUAGUAGUGUGAUAAAAUUAUGCUUUAAGUUUUAAGUAUUUUAAUUUAAAUGAAUAUAAAUGUAUUUUAUUUAGUUUGACAAAUAUGCUUUUGUAUUAUUGUAAAAUAAAAAAAAAAACAUAGAUAAAAAAGUUGUAAAAAACGACAUAUAGAAAAACUUUAUUUUAAGGAUAAGAAAUAAUACGUGACAUUUUCUUUAUAUUAUUGCUGACCACCUGAAAUGUUUUUUUUCGAAAGUUGUUAAGUUUACGGCUCAGCAGCUCGUGAACAAUUUAAAAAAAUCAUCAUUGUUGUGUUAAUUCCAUUUGAAAGUUCUAUACUUCUAAAAAAUACCCUUUAUUACCGAAUGUUCGUACAUUUGUGUGUGUUUGUCUGUUCCACUUCUUUAUCUGACAUUCAAUGUUGGUCUUUUUAAAAUCCUCAUCCAAAUAACUGUAUUAAUUAAAUUAAAACAAGAUUUUUAUAAUUUUAUUAUUUUAUUUAAAAUUCUAUUAUAUAACUUAAAUGUAUAAUUAAUAUUGCAACAAUCGUUUGUAUACAAAAUUGCAAAAUUCCUAUAUUCAAUAUAGGAACGUAUUAAUUGAAAAAAACAUAUAAUUUUACAAUUAACAAUUUUUAAUAAUAAUAUUAAAAGUUAUAAAAUCAAUUUAUAACUUCUAACACAACCUUACGAUUUAAAAUGGCUUAAAUAAAAAUAAAAUUUAAAAUACGGCAAUAAAAGAUGUCUAGAAAAAAAACACCUUCACAUAAAAAAUUUCAUACAAUUUAUGAAAAUAAUAAAGUUAUUGCUUUUUUUAACUUCCCAGGAAAAACUAAUUAAUUUACAUUUAAUUUAAAAACAAUUACAUAACAAAAAUAAAUAAUAAUGUCUUCUAAGGUGUUUA